GGUGAUUUUAACGCCCACCACGCUGAAUGGCUUGGUUCUCGUUAAACCGAUCAUGCGGGUAGAUCUGUCUAUGACUUUGCUUUGGCAUAUGGUCUAACACAACUGGUUACCUUCGCCUACGCGGAUCCCAGAUGUGGAAGACCAUGUACCAUCCAUGUUGGACCUUCUGCUGACCUCUCAUCCGGAUGGAUAUCAGGUUUCCGUCGAUGCCCCUCUGCGCUCUUCGGACCAUUGUCUGAUCCGGAGUACGGUGCCACUCACGCUCCAAUCGCAGUUGCGAUCUGCAGCUUGCCGCCGUGUUUGGCACUAUAUAUAGGUCAGCUGAUUGGGACGGGAUGUGGUCUUUUUUUGCAUCCUACUCUUGGGGGCGGGUUUGCUUCUCGCCGGAAGAUCCCAGCGUUGUUGCCGAUUCUGUUGCUGAUGUGGUACUUCAAGGUAUGGAACUUUUUAUUCCACCCUCUGUGGUGCCUAUCGGAGGCAGAUCCCAGGCAUGGUUUGGUCGCUCCUGUAAAAUAGCAUCACGCUAUAAGCAGGAGUGCUACCGGGCCUGGGCCGACGCAUCAACGUCUCGGGAUGUAAACACCAGCGAACUUAAAAAGAAGUAUAAUUCCACCUCCAGGUCGUUCAAAAGCGUCAUUGCCAAGGCAAGGUCUGAGCACAUUGGCAGAAUUGGCGAGAAGCUAGUUCGCCUUCCUUCGGGAAAGCAUGCAUUCUGGUUUCUUGCUAAGGCUGUCCAAGGGAACUUCUGUCAGCCAUCUCUUCCAUCUCUGCACAGAGAGGACGACUCAUUGGCCCAUGCCGCAAAGGAGAAAGCCGAUCUGUUGAGCUCUCUUUUUGCGUUCAACUCGACUCUAGAUGACGGGGGGAACAUACCGCUGACCAUCCCGCGAUGUGAGUGCUCUAUGCCAGAUGUGCGGUUUACACAGCGCUCGGUUCGCAAAGCACUCUUCUCCCUGGACGUCAGCAAGUCGAGUGGGCCCGAUGGAGUCACUCCCAGUGCUGAAGACGUGUGCUCCGGAGUUGGCACCGGUUUUAACGCGUCUUUUCCGGUACUCCUACUCCUAAGGCAUAUUCCCGAUUCAUGGAAGACAGCUUUGGUCCACCCGAUCCCUAAAAGAGGUGACCGCUCAGACCCGUCCGACGACAGGCCUAUUGCCAUCACCUCCUUGUUCUCCAAAAUAAUGGAAUCCAUUAUAAGCUGCCAGCUCAUGAGGUACCUUGAGGAUCACCAGCUGAUCAGUGACCGCCAGUACGGUUUUCGUCGAGUUCGAUCAGCUGGUGAUCUUCUAGUCUAUCUGACUCAUAGAUGGGCGGAGGCAGUAGAGUCCAAGGGGCAGGCAUUGGCCGUUAGUUAGGACAUAGCGAACACCUUCGAUCGGGUCUGGCACAAAGCGCUUCUUUCGAAGGUUCCUUCCUAUGGGCUUCCCGAGAAAUUGUGCAAAUGGAUCAACAGUUUCCUUGCUGAUCGGAGCAUCAAGGUCGUAGUAGACGGUGCAUGCUCCGACUACAAGCCUAUCAACGCUGGUGUUCCACAAGGCUGCAUGCUAUCACCAACGCUGUUUCUCCUGCAUAUCAAUGAUAUGUUGCUAACUGGUAGCAUUCAUUGCUAUGCAGACGACAGCACUGGUGAUGCCUUAUAUACCGGCCGUGCCAAUAUUUCUCGGGAAAACGUCGCUGAGUACCGGGACAAACUUGUGUCUGAAGUCGAGUCUUUGCUGAACAAAGUCUCGGAUUGGGGCCGACUAAAUCUAGUCCAGUUCAAUCCCUAGAAGACACAAGUUUGCGCGUUUACCGCUAUAAAGAACCCCUUUGUCGUAUGUCCUCAGUUUCAAGGCACUCCCCUUGUUGCCCCAGCUAGUAUCGGAAUCCUUGGCGUCGACAUAUCGAAUAGUAUGCAGUUUCGUGGUCACUUGGAAGGGAAGGCAAAAUUGGCCUCUAAAAAGCUUGGCGUGCUCAGCAGAGCGAGACAGUAUUUCAUGCCGGCACAUCGCUUGCAAUUUUACAAGGCGCAAGUUCGGCCCACAUGGAAUACUUUUCUCAUCUCUGGGUCGGGGCACCCUAGUGCCAGUUCCUUCCACUUGACCGCAUCCAGCGCAGAGCGGUUCGAAUCGUCGACGACCAAGUUCUUUCUGAUCGGCUCGAUACACUGGCACUGUGUAGAAAUGUUGCAUCUCUUGCGUAUUUUAUCGCAUGUAUCACGGGGAGUGCUCUGAGGAAUUGUUCGGACUAAUUCCAGUCGCUCAAUUUCACUAUCGUACAUCGCGACAAAACUCGCGUUACCAUCCAUACCAUCUGGAUGAUUGGCGGUCCACCACUGUGCGAUUUAGAAGAACUUUUCUCCCUUGCACAACUUCCUUGUGGAAUCAAUUACCACCAGCGAAUUUUUCGGACCGAUACGACUUGGGAACCUUCAAGGAAAGAGCUUACACCUUUCUAAAAGGCCGGCAACGCAUCUGCAAUUCUCCUGGUGUUGCGGUUGUUCAUAGGCGGCGGUAGUCACUUACCAUCAGGUGAGCCGCAUGCUCGUUUGCCCCCUCUUCUAUAAAAAAAAUCUGCGCGGCAGUGUGGAGCACAAAUUCAGAGGUACAGUGCCAUGGACUCUAAUGCGUGUUGCAAAACACCAAGUCUCGACGUCUCUUCUAGUAAGUAGCACAUAUUACUAGCACAAUAACUAGUUUUUCGUUUUGUAAAACAACGUUCAACAUUGUUUUCGAUAAUCACUGAUUUUGUUUAACUAAACUAAACGCUGUCAUUAUUUAAGUGCGCACUUUUUCACAGUGAUUUGAAGUUUAUUACAGAUUAUGUGAAUUUAUUUUAUAUUUGCCUCAAAACCGUAACUGUCGUAAAUGAAAAUACAUUCGCGUGGCGUAUUUACCGUGUCGUUACAGUGUAGAUUUACAGCUGAGACACAGGUUUUGUUCAGAAUUGCCGGUCUACGAGUAUACAUAGAGGUCUUUGAGUGUUGUUAUCAUCUUUUUAUUCUGUCAUUCAUUGUUUUAUAGAAAAAGCCUAAAGCGUGACACGAGGCAAGGCGAGCACGCAGUCCACCUAAUGUAAAAGGGGUCCGCUUCUCUACACUCACCAUACGAAACGCAGCAGCAUUAAGGGGCUACUCCAUGCGAACGAACUUGAGCAUUUGGUGUGCCGCGCCGACUCGCUACAAUAUAUCGUUUAAGAAAUAUGUAAGACGCCACCUACUGUACGAACGUAGUAUAUGUAUUUUUUCAACAUCUAUAAACUAUUUUAUGGAAAUACACAAAGCGU